UGCUCGCAGGGCUUCCAGCUAACCAUGCCGCCGCCGCCCGCGCCUGCCUCGGCGCUGCCCCUGCUACUGCUGCUGCUGCUGCUGCUGGCCUCCCCGACCAGCGCGCGGCCGUCCCCCGGCCCAGAGUACCUGCGGCGCGGCUGGCUGCGGCUGCUGGCGGAGGGCGAGGGCUGCGCGUCCUGCCGGCCCGAGGAGUGCGCCGCGCCCCGGGGCUGCCUGGCCGGCCGGGUGCGCGACGCGUGCGGCUGCUGCUGGGAAUGCGCCAACCUCGAGGGCCAGCUCUGCGACCUGGACCCCACCACCCACUUCUACGGGCACUGCGGCGAGCAGCUGGAGUGCCGGCUGGACGCGGGCGGCGACCUGAGCCGCGGAGAGGUGCCCGAGCCGCUGUGCGCCUGCCGCUCGCAGCGCCCGCUCUGCGGCUCCGACGGCCGCACCUACCCGCAGAUCUGCCGCCUGCAGGAGGCGGCCCGCGGGCGGCCCGACGCCAACCUCACGGUGGCGCACCCCGGGCCCUGUGAAUCGGAACCUCAGAUCGUGUCACCCCCAUAUGACAUUUGGAAUGUGACCGGGCAAGAUGUGAUAUUCGGCUGUGAGGUGUUUGCCUACCCCAUGGCCUCCAUCGAGUGGAGGAAAGAUGGUCUGGACAACCAGCUGCCUGGGGAUGACCCCCAUGUCUCCGUGCAGUUUAGGGGGGGACCCCAGAGGUUUGAGGUGACAGGAUGGCUGCAGAUCCAGGCUGUGCGUCCCAGUGAUGAGGGUACCUACCGCUGCCUGGCCCGCAAUACCCUGGGCCAGGUUGAGGCUCCCGCCAGCCUGACAGUGCUCACCCCAGACCAGCUGAACUCCACGAGCCUCUCCCGGUUCCUCCGCCCACACCUGCUUCCUGGGGAGGCGGCUGAGAGUGAAGAGGGCGAAGAUUACUACUAG